CUUUCUCCUCCUCCCUGUACUCUGAAGCGGUCAGAGUCCAGAGAGCUGAGCCAUCGGAGAGUGGAUGACCAGCAGCAAGGUAGACACCUCUGCUCAGCUCUCCACUGAAGCAGUUCUACCCCACUGAGAGGAUGAAGGUCUCUGUGGCUGCCCUCUUUCUCUUCCUCCUCGUCCUCACCAUGACUUCUGCUUUUUAUAGCGAGCCAAAAAUCCCUGAGUCGGUGAACUCUCCACCCACCUGCUGCCUGAAGCAUCAAGAGAAACCAUUGCCAAAGAAACUGCUGGUGGGAUACAGAAAGGCCCUCUACUGUACCCUUCCAGCAAUCAUCUUUGUCACCAAAAAGCACCGAGAAGUCUGUGCCAACCCCAGUGACAAAUGGGUCCAAGAUUAUAUCAACGAUCCCACCGUACCUUUGUUGCCUGACAAGAACUUAGCUUCAAUGACCAGAACAAAGAAGGGCCGGGUCCAGCUGCCCAACUCCCCGUGAUAAUCAGGUUUGAGAAAGGAAGGAACAAGCCUAUGAGAACAUGAGCAGUCAUGGUCAGAGAAAUAGGCCAGUGAUCAAAAUAAAGGAGAAAUAUUUUGAAUGU